AAAAAUGAAUAGCUUGAUGAAGCUUCGCGAAAAAUCCUGGUAAUUUUUGAGCCAAUUUUCUGAAAAUUCCUAUAAAUCCAUUCAUAAAAAUUAAAAUAUUUUGAUUGUCGCAAAAAUGUUUGUUUUCAUUGCAUUUGCCUUGUGUAUAUUUAUUAUUGUUACAAUUGUAUCAUAUUAUUAUCAACAUUAUUAUUCACAAAAAAAUCGUUGCCGAACAAGAUGCUUCAAGACGACCAUCGUCCGUCAAUCAAAUCAAAACAGUAUGAAUUCAUCACCAUUUAAUGAUUCACUAGUUUCUUCACCUUGCAAUGCUAGUUUUUCAGGAAUUGGCAUUUCAGCACAAGUUGAUGAUAAUCUCAUUCGUAAUCGUUUUCGAUUCAGAAAUUCACAAUUGAAUUAUAUUUCUCCGAAUUCAAUUUAUGGAUAUGUGCCACACAAAAGUGGUAACAGUAUCAAAAAUGAAAAACCUAAAGCCACCAGACAGUUUACGGUGAAACUAUCACCAUUCCCAACUGGAGCUAUAUCACCAAACACUUUUACUAACCGAUUGCCUAUUGUAAAAUCUGAACACAAUGACGAUUCGAUGAAAUCUGGUCAUAAUGCGGGAGAAUCAAUGAAUGAGCAUUUAGAUAUUGUUUCGAAUACAAAUGAAACAUCGCCCAUACGGGUUACAAAUUGGGGUACUUCUAACAACAAAAAACGACCGAUGAUUUUCGUGGAUGAUCAUGAAAAUAUGUUGAGUAAGAAAUCUCGAAAUCGUGAAGAUGAUUCUGAUAUAGAAGUGGAUGAAGAUGAUAAUAUAGAACCCGAUUCUCGAGUUUCACCAACACAAUCAUCAAUAACGAGCACGAAUAAAAAUGAUAAAACAUUAAAACGAAGUACAAAUGUUUUGGAUAAUGAAAAUCAAUUUAUAAUACCUAAGAAACGUGUUCGUAACAAUGAAAUAUUAAGUUCAUACAGUUCAACUAAUUCUAACUUACAAAAUCAAUUGGCUGUCAACAAACGAAAAUUUUCACCUGAAACACAAUUUUCAUCAUUAUCAAAUAAUAAUGUUAUGCGUAAAGCGAAAAAACUAAGUCAUAUUGAAGAAUUGGAAUUAAUGACAUCACAAGUGAAACCGUCUUCAAUUAGUGUAUUUUCUGCCGUGGCCGAUUCUGCAAAUGAAAUCAGUGACAAGAAAAAUACAGAUUCUAAAAAGAUCAUCAUUCUGGAUGAUGAUGACGGGGAAGAAAGUAACAGUGAUGACAUAUUGACUACUGAAAUUGAAAUUGAAAGUGAUGACACUAAAGAACCAGAUCCUGUAAUUGAAUUGAAUUCAGAAGAUGAUGAUGCUGUUGAAUCAUCGGCUGUAACCGAAACGGUAAAAAAUUUUGUUCCAAACAAUGAUGAACGUUUAUAUCCGAUACCAACUUAUGUAUUCUCAAUCAAAGAUCAUGAACAUGAUAAGAAAAAGAAUAAAAACCGCUUAAAUCGUUUUAUGGCAGCAUUACAACAAGCAAAUCAAGAAUUGGAUGAUAAUUCUGAUCAAACAUCAAAUACAUCAAAGCAAUUAUUAACAUCAACAUCUUCUGCAUUUCAACCAAUUGAACCAUUAACUAAUUCAACGAUAACAACUACUAUUGAAGCAUUGAAAAGCUCAGUUGAACCGGAAAAAACAUCUAACGAUUUAUCUGCGAUUGCAGGUAAUGAACUUUUGCGAAAUGUUCCAAUUAUUCCAAAUAAUUUACUUAAGUUCAGUUUAACCACAGCAACUAAACCAUCAAUUCCGUCAUUUUCAACAGCGGUAACAACAACCACUUCGGCUACAGAUAUUAAAUCUUUAAAAAAUGAUGCGAAUGUUUCAUUUUCAAUAAUUUUACCGGCGGUUACCAAGCCAAAUGAUACCAAAUCAUCAUCAGGAUUUAAAUUUGGCGUAACCGAUUCUGAUUCAGGUAGCACGAAUAAAUCAUCGAUUGCAACGGACUCAUCGUCAGAAGUUAAAGCCAAAACAAAUGAAAGUAAUGCAACUAAUUUCUCAUUUGGCAGUUCAACAUUUCAAUCGAAUUUAUCGAAUGUAUCAGCUACGACAACUGCCCCAGUAUCAUCUAGCCAAUUCAAUGUAACAAAUUCAACAAAUACGACAACUUUUGCUUUGCCUUCAACUACUCUAUCUGAUAAUUUGACUAGUUCAACAUUUACAUUCAAAUCAUCUCCGAUUAAUACGCCAACCAGUACAUCAAAUGUUGCUGUAAAUAUACCAAGUAAACCGCUGACAUUUACAGCUGAAACUUCAAAUCCCGGCACUCUUAGCCAAACGAAUGUCAAUUCAUCGAUAUUUGGUUCAAUGCAAUCAUCGAAUCAGUCCAAAAGUACAAUCAGUCCCUCAUCUAAUGAUAACGAAAAUAAACCAUCACCGGUUAUCAUAAGUAAUACUGAUAAUAAUAUGACCAUUCGCAAUGUUAACAAUUCAUCUUCGAUAUUUAAUUUUGGUGGAAAAACAGGCCAGAAUUCAAUGGUCUCAUCAUUUAUGCCAUCAUCGACUACAAAUGUGGUUCCACCGUCUUUGUCGUUUUCGAAUUCAACAUUUCAAUUUUCGACAUUAAAUCAAUCAUCUCAUAAUGCACAACGGCCUGCCAUAACGACAAAUCCUAUGUUAGUUUCAAUACCAUCCACAUCAUCGACAAUGUCUAGUGUGAAUACAAUGUUCAAUUAUGGAACAUCAUCAACACCGAUUGGUAAAUUUAAUUUUGGCAUAAAUAAUAAUAAUCAACAACAACAACAACAACAGCAGAUGAAUACAUCGGCAUUUUCAUUUAAUACACCCACAUCGAAUAAAUCGAUUCAGCCACCAUCAUCGACAACAGCAGGAUUCAAUUUUGCAAGCCCUUCAGUGUCGAAAAUCUUCUCAUUUACAUCGCAAACAGCCAAUAAUAAUAACGAAAACAAUAAUAAUGCUAGGAAUAAUACAUUGUUUCAAAAUUCAUUGGCCAAAAGUUCAUCGAACAUGUUUGCUAUCGGAUCAUCAUCGAUGUUAAAACCAACACCAUCAAGUGGAAAUAAUACGGGAUUCGAUUUUACAUCAACCAACAUUAAUCCGAGCAGUAAUAAUGGUUUUAAUUUCAAUGUUUCAAAUACAUCAACAUCAUCGCAGCCGAACAAAUUUACAUUUUCUGCAAAUCUAUCAUAAGUACAAACACAAUCUUCAUCAUAAUCUGGAGUACCAACAACAGUAUCAUCAACGUUCCCGUUUGGUGGUGUGAAUAAUUCAUCUUUGAUUUUUCAAUUUAGAUCCAAAUAACUGAGCAGCAAUUUAUGACAAAGAAGUACUGCAAUACUCAUUAUAUUCAAAUGAAUGUUUUAUACGAAAUAUAUCAAUGAAAUAUAAUAUAUUCGAUCCCAUUGUCAUCAAACGAAGACAAUAUAGUAUGGCUUAUAGAAAAAAUCACUUCAACUUUUUAAGUUAACCACAAAUAUUUUUUUUUCAUUUAAUUUUAUUAUCGUAUCAGAUAUACAAUAGGAAUUUUUUGUGUGUUUGUAAAUGAUCAAAUGAUGAAUGUGUUAUUUUAAUCCGCUAAUAAUUA